UGCCGGGGUCGCUGCGCGGUGACGCAGCAGGAGGAGCUGAGGCGGCGCUUCCCGCCCUUCCUCCUCCUCCUCCUCCUCCGCGCCCGCCGGACGGGGACAGAGCAGCGGAGCCGGGGCUCCUCAGCCGCUGCCGGGGCCCGGGGGAGCAGCCGGGCUGCCUCCGGCCAUGGUGGCCCGCUCGUCGCCGGCGGGGCAGGAGCAGGCGCGGCGGCGGCGGCCGCCAUUGCUGGCGGGGGCCGCGGUACUAUGAAGGAUGGAAGCGGACGAGGUGACGAUCCGGGAGCAGAACUUCCACAGCCAAGUGCGGGAGUACACGAUCUGUUUUCUCCUGUUUGCUGUUCUCUACAUUGUUUCCUACUUUAUAAUCACAAGAUACAAAAGAAAAGCAGAUGAGCAAGAGGAUGAAGAUGCCAUCGUUAACAGAAUAUCGCUGUUCUUGAGUACCUUCACUCUAGCAGUUUCAGCUGGUGCAGUCCUGCUUCUACCUUUCUCAAUAAUCAGCAAUGAGAUCCUGCUUUCUUUUCCACAAAACUACUAUAUUCAGUGGUUAAAUGGCUCACUAAUUCAUGGUUUAUGGAAUCUUGCCUCUCUUUUUUCAAAUCUGUGUUUAUUUGUGUUGAUGCCCUUUGCAUUUUUCUUCCUGGAAUCAGAAGGAUUUGCUGGCUUAAAAAAGGGCAUCAGAGCACGGAUUUUGGAAACCCUUGUAAUGCUCAUUCUUCUUGCACUGCUUAUCCUUGGAAUCGUAUGGGUGGCUUCAGCACUCAUAGACAAUGAUGCUGCCAGUAUGGAGUCUUUAUAUGACCUCUGGGAAUUCUACCUCCCAUAUUUAUAUUCCUGUAUAUCACUGAUGGGAUGCUUGUUACUGCUGUUGUGCACGCCAGUGGGGCUCUCGCGGAUGUUUACAGUCAUGGGGCAGUUGCUGGUGAAGCCGACAAUCCUGGAAGACCUAGAUGAGCAGAUGUAUAUCAUCACUUUAGAGGAAGAAGCAAUUCAGAGGAAGCUUAAUGGUGUAUCUUCCACAGUGGAAUACCAGACAGUAGAGUUGGAACGUGAGCUUGAAAAAGUGAGAAGCAGGAAAACAAAUCUAGAACGGAGGAAAAAAGCUUCUGCUUGGGAAAGGAAUUUAGUUUAUCCAGCUGUCAUGAUAUUGCUCCUGAUUGAGACAUCCUUUUCAGUUCUUUUAGUCGCUCUCAACAUUCUUUACCUGUUGGUUGAUGAGACUGCAAUGCCAAAGGGAUCAGGGGGACCUGGAAUAGGAAAUGCUUCCUUAUCCACAUUUGGCUUUGUGGGAGCAGCACUUGAAAUCAUUUUGAUUUUCUAUCUUAUGGUAUCUUCUGUCGUCGGCUUCUACAGUCUUCGUUUUUUUGAGAAUUUCACUCCCAGGAAGGAUGACACAACUAUGACAAAGAUAAUUGGAAACUGUGUCUCAAUCUUGGUGCUGAGCUCUGCUUUGCCAGUGAUGUCGAGGACCCUGGGAAUCACCAGAUUUGAUCUCCUUGGAGACUUUGGAAGGUUCAACUGGCUGGGGAACUUCUAUAUUGUGUUGUCUUACAACUUGCUCUUUGCUAUCAUGACAACAUUGUGUCUGGUCAGAAAGUUCACGUCUGCUGUGAGAGAAGAGCUCCUGAAGGCAUUAGGAUUAGAUAAACUUCAUCUAUCAAACAAUCCAAGAGACUCGGAGACAAAGCCUUCUGCAAAUGGCCAUCAGAAAACACUGUGAUAACAAUCACCUUCAAUCAGCAGAGCUGAAAACAUCAACCUCAUGGCAUUCCUGUCAUCUCAUCAGCAUUUUUAUAUUGCUUUAGUUGUUAGCUUGGGUCGAGCCUUGUCUCACUUGGAUGCUGUGUGCUUCUGAGGAAGUUAGGUGUGUCAGAUUCUUCUCUUUCCAGUGAACUUUUGGUCUGCUUGUUUGUUUCCCAGGAAGUUAAUGCAGGAGGUGCCUUGAAGACUGGAAGCUGAAGAGAAAAAUGCAUUCCUUUUUAUUUGUUGAAAGUCUCACAUCUUUAUUUUUAAACUUGCUACCAUUUGAAUGCACAGUACCUCCUGUGUUAUACAAACACAGCUAUAAAGAAUAACUUUGGGACUUGAUUAAAGAAAAAAAAAAGAAAAAGAGGAAAACACACUUGAAGGCCAAUAUGACCCUUACUGGAAAUGUAAAGUAGCUGGAAGAGAUACCUGUGACAGGAGAUAAACAGCUCUACUGAGAGCGAGUUAAAAAGGAGAGGAGAGAUCACAGUGCUGGAUGCAGUAGGCUGUGUCAUGGUGCUUUCUCAGAAGGCCAGUGUUUUCAGCUCUCUGUCCUUAGCUCCAAAUGCCAGCUUGCUUUACUGGUGGUCAAACGAUGUCUUAUGGAAGUCCAAGAUGAAGAUUAACUUCAGUGUUAAAUCUGAGCCUAGAAUGCUUUGUAAAAAGCUGUGUAGACCCACUGUCACAGCUCUCACAGUUCUGUGAGCUGUUGUGCCCUGGAGGUCCCUUCCCCUCCCCAAGACCCCCUGUGAAAUUUUUGAUGAACUACUGUGUGUAAGCAGUACCUGGAAUCAAUGCAAGGAGCACAGGCCUGGGAGGCUGCAGUUGCAGUUUUCUACAGUCUUUAAUUUGAAGUAAAUUUCUCUGAAUUUAUACUUCAGUUACCAGGAUUUCUGUUCAGUGGCAUAACCCAGUUAUCUGUCACUAGCCUGUUUUUUAAUGUACACAUGAACAUGUACAUAGGCCUAUAUGUGUAGAUAUCAUAAAUUAAAUUCUAAGGUUCUAGAGAUGACAGUAGGUGGUUUGGUAAGUAAAACGUGUGCAGUCUUGGUAGUUUGAAUUUCUGAAGUGUUUAACUGCUCAGAAGCCUUAGAUUCAAGAUGGCAUCAGUGGGUGAUAAUGUCCUUUCUUGUAGCAUUUCCUUGGAACCUUAGGAGUCCUUUAAGCAGUUCAUAGUAAAGAAAAAUACCAAAUAAGUAUUCAAAAUCUGGUUGCACUUUUGUCCUGCUCAGCCACAAGUAAUCUCCAAACAGACUGGAAUGGGGAUUCCUUCAGUGAGUGCCCCUUCGUGCAGGGAGGUGAAAAAUUUUCCUGUUCAUUUCCUAGUUCUGUAAAACGAGUCUGCCUGUCUGUGGUUUGAGGUCUUCUGUUAAUUAGUGACAACUUGGUUUCCAGUGUGGUUCCAAAAUAAGGUAAACCUUGUGUCAGAAACUCUUUGGCUGUUCUCUUGAGAUGACUGCUCUGGGCCGUAGACCUUACUGCUGUGUGUGUGAAUGUCUGCUUGUUUUUUUCCCCUAAAGUGCUUCAAAAAUCAAGCUCCAGUACAAAUGAGGAUUUAUCUUUUUUGCAGCUGCCUUUUCUGACUUGAACUGGGGCGUAAUGUAAAUAUUUCUGUAGUAAAUAUGAUGCUAGAGAAUGACUUCUUUUGUGUGUGUGUGAUUAGUAUAAAUUCAAGGUUUAUUGAACUGACUAUUGAUGUGUUGUAUCAAGUCUUGGAAGAAAAAGUAAAAUUACUUGAUUUCACUAAGAUUUACAAGCAUCUUUUCUCUUGUUUAGUGCUGACACUUUAGUGAGAAAUCUUUAUCUGAGUCAAAGUUUUGCCACCAAUAACAGAGAGCUAUAAGUAAAAGUUGUUCUAAAAUGAGUUUAUAUUUAAAAUAUUAGGAGAUAUAUUAUUAGGGGCAUCAGUCAGGUAUUCUCAGAGCUUGUAGCCUUAUGUAUUGAUAUCAUAGUUAAAACCUGCUGAAAUAUGUCCACUUUUUCAUGCAAGUCAUUGUAUGACCAAAAUUUGUCCUCAUGUCUUAAUGGGGCUGGUGAACUGUGGUGUGUGAGGCCAGUUAGCUGUAUAGAGAUAUUUCUGUUACAAUGCUAAGGCAGUUAAUACACUCUGAAGAAAUUAAUAUUAGGAAUAAACCUAGGAGUAUGAACCAGCUUAGGUCUUGCUCUUCAUGCCUUUGGAGAGAUGUUUGUCAUGGCAUCAGUGACCCAAGAACACAGAAAAAGGUGGAUUAUAGUGUGUGUGUGGCUUCUGCUAGUGAGUUGGGCAAUUACUUCAACUGAGCAGGGGCAGUUCCUGCUGAGAAGCACCCAAGCUUCAGGCAAGACUUUAAAACUCUUUUUCAAAACAAAUGUUAGGGCCUCGACUGUCCCCACCCCUUCUGCUGGAUUCUGCAGGCAGAUCUGUGGGUCAAGGCUAUGUUAGGGAAGACUUUACACUGGACUCUCUGGGAUGGUUGAGGUGCUGUGUGGUUUCAAAGAUGGAUGAGAAAUUCAGAACUACCCUGUGCAACUACUGACAGUGUUUUGUUUUAAAAUCAACUGCUGAUAUUGUGACACUGUCUACAUUAAAAUAUGCCUUUUGCCUUGAAAAUGACGUGCUUAUGCAAAGCUGUGUCACUGCAUGCAAGACACAGGUCACUUUUCACAGAAUCAUACGGUCACUUAAGUACAAGCAACUGGUAAUUCAUUAAUGGAUAUUGACAAUACAUUCCUAGUAUUUUGACUCAUGUAGAGUCAGGUGGUCUAUACCUUCAAGGUAUAUACAGCUGAUCUUAGUAACAUUAACAUCUGCCUCACUUCUUAUGAGGCAAAAAGCACAUCAAUGCUUCCAUCUUCAACUAGAUACCACACAAGACCAAAAAAGUAGAUGUAAACUGAGUGUUUUAAGUUAGCUGUUUUUUGGCUUUUUUCCUGUGUUGGUAGCACAAUAUUAAAUGCAAUUGCAGAACUGUAAUAUUUGUGGGGUUUCUAAGCAUAAAGCACACAUGCUUAUCACUUUAAGCUAAAAAAUAGUAGAAUUGGUUACUGUACAAGUAACAGUUUUGCAUUCAUAGGGAGCUUUGUUUACUGUCUGUAAUGUGCUGUUUAUCUUUGGCCCUGUUCCUCUGAUACCUUUGACCCUGUUGGCUGUUCUGGUGUCAUAGAAAUUAAAAGAUUUGAGUUGUUGUUUUCCUUGUCCUGUUCCCAAUUACCACCUGGAGCACCAGUGGAGGGAGGGCUGGGCUGCCCACGCAGGCAGGGAGGAGCUCCUGCAGCAGGUGCUUGGCAGGAGGGACAUGGGAGCAGAUUCUGGGGAUUUGUCCUCCCCCGUGUCACCAGGAGUGCCAAGGGGCUGCAGCCCCUGUCCAUCCCACCAUGUCUCUCAUGAGUCUGUGCAGCAGCUGAUGCUACUUGAGGUGCUCACAUGUGCCCAGUGCUGUGUGCUGAAGACAUGAUGGCCCUUUUCCUGAAGAAUAAAGAAUUUACAGUCUAAAUUAGAAAGGAAGAAACAGAAAGCAGUUGGCCUCUUCCUGCAUGUGGCUUUCCUUGAGUUCUUGAAGCAUGCUCUGGGUUAUUUCCCAUCUCUUCUUCCUCUCCCAGAAGUGGAUGGUGGUGUAUGUACAGCAACUGAGCCUUACCCUUAGUGGACUGGCAUCUAAAAUUUUGAAAUAAUAAAUAUAGGAAAACAGCUAAAUUCUGUUUAACAUAGUCUCUGAUCUUGAAAAUAGCCUUUUUUUAAAAAUCAGGGUGAAAUAAUCUAAGCAGAGACAGGACAUAAGGCCACAUAAUAACCUCUUCAAAAAGAAAUGUACUUAGUUUUGUUUUAAAAAGUGUUGAUGUGAACUGUGAAACUUUAAUGAAAUAAGAUUCCCUACCUCCUAGUAUUAGGAUUUUUGUUGUUAUUUUGUGCUGAGUUGAGACAAUAUUGCCUACACUGACUUCCGUCCCCAACCCAUGAACACUGAAUUUGCUGUUGGUAAGCUGGCAGGUUAUUUCAGUCACAUUGUCAGAUUUGAACUUUACAAAGAUGCUACUUUUGAAUUUAUCCCAUUCAGCAAGAACAAACUAAGGCCACAGCCACCAGCCACACAGUGAUACAACUUCUGCCCCCUUUUUUGCCUUGCCCCCUUGAGACAGACAAAACAUGAAAUAGCAGAAGAAUCCAGAUAGAUUUGAUUUAUGCACUGUAAAAAACCAUACCAGAAGGCAGCUUUAAUGGAAGGCUUUUGCAAUAUUUCACAAUUGAAGCACCUAGAACUCUUCUUUCAAAGAGAUAGAAAUGUGUAUCAUUAGUAUACAAAUGUCAAUUGUAUGUUCUCUAAAUAAGCCAGUAAUUCACUGACACUGAAAAAAAUUUCAUCACUUCUUAAAAUCUCUUGUGAUUCACAGUGAAGCAGUAUAUUGGACUUUUAUAGAAGCCUGUGAACUUCUUGGCAGCAGAAACCUUAGGAUGCUUGCUAGUUUUGUGUUAACUACCAUAUUUUAUCAGUAACUUUUUCAUUUCAUUUAUCGCUCAAGAAGUUUUUUUAAUAUACAUAGCAUUAAAUAUUUUAACAAAUACAGAAGGUGACUCCAAACAGUCAGAGAGAUAGUGUGAGAAAUAUCCUGUAAAUGCUGAUAUUCUUGACAUACUGAAUUCCAAGCUGUUUAGAAACUAUCUGUAUGAAGGCCUUACAUCAAAGAGAAAUUAAGAAAUCCUAAUUCUUAAAGACUUUUAGGUGUCUGAAUGUUGAUAUGUACCUACUUGAGCACUUUGGAAUGCUGCUUCUAGAUGUUUGUUGAUCACUAACCCCAAGGCUGCUGUUGCUUUUCUCCCCAAACCCAUUACAUUAAAUUUUAUAGUCGGCAUCACUGGAUGAAGCUCCUUUCCUGAACAGGGCUUUAUUUUGCAUUCCUCCUCUAUUCCCUGCUUCCAUAGAUAGCAGCUAUUGAAGUAUUGGGGCACCUGCUUUGAUUUGAAUGUAUUUCUUUUCCCACGUUGCUUGUAAAGAGAUAUUCCCUAGUUAGAACUCUUCUUCCACUACAGAAAUGUUCACAUUUAUGAAUUUGUUUUUUACUAUUAUAUUUCAUUUAAACAAUCUUGUCACUAGAGAGUCCUCUAACAAAUUACCAAGAGCUCGUCAGUUUGAAUAAUGAGUGAGAGGGUUUAGUCAUUGCAUAUAUUUGUGCUUUUAGCUUCCAGUGGUAUGGGGGUACAGCCCCACUUCUCAGUGAGGGGAACGAGCUGGUUUGGCCACUGGGAGCCCCUGGGGUGGCUGUCACUGCAGGGGGGGUCCUGUUGUGGACCUGCUCUGCAGCUCAUCUGCUGUGGGAUGUACAGAGAGGUGGACACACUCUGUCAGCUCUCAGCAGGGUCAGGCUGUGUGAGGUGCUCAGGUGAGGCUCUUCACCUGUGCUCUGGAUUUUUGUAUUUCAUGUAUUUGAGCAUAUUUUGGGCCUUCUCUCCCCAUGUGAAUCGAUCAUUCAGAGAAGUGGCAUGGUAGUGAUACCUGUGCAGUGGAUUCAGUGGGUGUGUGUAUAUGUUUAAAAAGAAAAUUAGCUGGUGCAUGAUUUCCCGUUUCCCCCUAACCAUGAGGUUUUUUAAGUCCGGACCAAAAUUCUUAAGAGUCACAAAAUCUCUGUGAGUACCUUCUCCUCCUUGGCUUUACGUAACAAAAAAAUUUCAGUUACUUUUACUUUCUUAAAGGUAGCUUUCAAAGUAUUUUUGCCUUGUUUGGUAUGAUUUCUGUUGCUUUAAGGAGAAGUGGAUAGAAAAAGAAGAUACAUUUAGGUAAUGGGGUUUGAAAUCUUGGGGGGUGUGUGUGUGAAACACGCAUACACAACAAAAGGGUGUAUUUCCUUUCCUGUGGGCUUUGGGACCCAACCCCACAUUACCUAAAUAGAAAUCAUGUGUUGCUCUUGUCUCCACUAAAUUUUGUCUUUAAAAUUCCCAGUGAGGAGACUGAGGAUGUUCUCAGGGUGCUGCUGCUGGCACCCUGAUCCCUGUCACACGGAAUUGGCUUCAUGUGUGUUUAUAGGUGGCAUGACCAUAAAAACACAAUUCUGAGCUGGCCUGUCCAUGGCUGCUGGGCUGGGCUGUGAUGGUGGCAGCAGUCCCUUCACUGUGCACAUUCAGGAUGUCACUGCAGUGUUACUGGUUAAUGUCACAGUUUACAAAAACAGUUAUAAAUUGCGCACAAUUUCUAAACUGUGUGAGGCUGGGAGGUGCUGGAUGGAACUGGUGGUCCCCUCUUGGUCUGAUUUGUGCUUUAGGUUUUGUAAACUCCACAGUCUUGAGCAGCUGACUUUUCUUUCACAUGGAUGUAUCUGACCAAGGUAUAACACAGCUGAAAAAUUGUGCUUUGAGUGUUACUUUAAUCCCAACAGUUUUUGGUGUAGAUACCUUCUCCCCAUCAGCCCUUCCUGGUUCAUUUUAGGUUAUCCAGAAUUAUGAUUUAUAAUGUUCUCUGUUGUGGGUAUUUUGUUGUGUUACAAAAAAAAAAAAAAAAAUCUGCUGCCUUAGCUAGGCUGAUUAUUUUGUUUUGUUUUGUGGAAAGCAGUGGUAAUGUUUUUUUCCUUUGUUUGAGAUGUUUCACUGAAUGUUUUGUAGGAAAAUUUUUUUUACUGUGUUUUCAAUAAAGGUAAAGUGUGAUUUA